ACAACAUCCCCCAACGGAAGUGGUUCAAGGAAUUAAUCGAGAAAAACGGCGGUACUAUACGGCUGCUGGAGAAGGAUGCAGAUAUCAGAUUGGUUGAUCAUAAGAGAAAAAACUUACCCUCUGACACGUACUCUUUUAAAUAUGUCGAAGACUCACACCGCCUGGGGAAGCUGCAGAAUCUAGAGAAUUAUAGAGCCGGGCCUUCUGAAGCACGGCCUGUAGGGGCUACCAACAUUCCCACCAGAGGCCAUAAGAUCCCCUAUACUCUCGAAGAUGACCAGUUGCUCUGGGAUUGGAUGCAACCCCACGAGAGAAACCCUAAGGCUUCCAUUAGAGGCAACAAGAUCUAUCAAGAGCUAGCCGAGAAGCAUCCAAGGCACACGUAUCAAUCAUAUCGAGAUCGGUACCUCAAAAGGCUCAAGGGACAUCCACGUCCUGGUGGUAUGCCAGAAUCAACUGAUCAACCUGCGCCUGAUGGGCCCUCCAAUUUAGCUACUCGCCUGGUCCAGUCUGAGCCUCGAGGAGGGUCUGCACAAGGGGUUGAGCCUACUGCCAUGCAAGCAAAUGACAAGAAAAGGAAACGGGCUUCGGAGGAUACUCCUGGGGAAGGCAAUAUAGACAGUACUAAUAAGCCAAGUUUGAAGAAAAGAGUCACCGAAGUCAAUAUCGACCUUCCAGACCCUUUCAUCUCCGGACCUCAAACGAAACUGGCUGCAGUACCACAUUCAGCGACAGCAUCCAACGGUCAGCGACCAACUCCUGGGGCAAAAGAGGCGAGAGAACGCGGGGCCACUGAAGGAUCGAAAGCUCCAGCCAAGGAGCCACGCCAGCCUUCGCAGCCAGACCCCCUGUUUCUAGAGCUGCCAUUUUUGCCUUCUGACGAUGAGCCUGAAGAGGAAGAUAUGGAGCAGGAUAUCGACGCAUGGAUCGACGAGCGACUUCUUAAUGGAAAGGCUCAGCAUGAAGAACAAAUACACCUGGCACUGCGGUGCACCAGCAUGGAUCCAGAUUUAGCUGACAGGGUCCUGGCUAUCCUAGUAGAAGGGAAACCUAUACCGGAUGAUAUGCCUGGUGUUUGGACACCUGAAGAUGACAAAUGCAUAGAAGGAAACGAGACUCGAGGCAUCCAACGAGUCAUGGAGAAGCAUGGUACGGAGGCCUUCAACAAUCGCUGGGAGUACCUCAGCAUGGUCAGAGAGGCCGGUCUUUUAGAUACCCUUUGAAUAGGACUGCCGCAAUUUCAAUGUUCCAGAACCGCGAACUAAUGAUAAUGUACAUGGAUUUUAAGACGCUAAAUAGAGACACAAACAUAAAAAUCCGGGAAACAAUUGAUAUCCAAAGAGAAAUGGUGCGAAUGAGUUCGCGAAGACCUGGAGCAGCUGGCGCAUUCCCGUUGUAUUCCGGUGUUAAUUCCCUUCAAACAGGAGGACUCUAAGGAAAGUCCAUGUCGAGACUAGCCCAGGCCAUUGUCUUACACUUAGGUUAUCUGGAACCAGUAUGUGAAACUUCAAAAACGCCCUAUAUGCUUGCUCCUUCAACACUAGUCUGCAAUUGCGCCUGUCGUAAAUUAGACGAUGAUAAAUAAAGAACCCGAACUUUAACAAAUAGAGGUUUAGCCCUCCUUAAAGACCCU